AUGUCUUCGCACGGAACUACCGAAAACCCUACUCCUGGAACCUCGUCCACGUCCGAGAGACGUAUUCCCCAGAAUCUGGCCCAAGAGAUUCAAGACCAGGAAAUGAAGGAGGAAUCCGAUAGCGAUGACGACAAUGAAGAACUUAAGCGGCAACUUGAGCGGAACAACAACGAGCUCAGGGAAAUGAAAAACCUGUUCAACCAGAACGUCAAAGCCCUCAAGGAGCUACAGGAACAAGCCCGCCGCACCAAAGAACUAGAGAAGGAAGUCACAACCCUUCGAGCUGCCGCGAACGUCAUAUCAGCUCCUGUCGAAGGAAGAGAACGCCUUAAGCUCAACACCCCUACCACCUUCGACGGAACCCCUGGACAGCUCAAAGGAUACUUGGUACAGAUACGGACCUACCAAGCCUUCCACAUCAACACGUUCCAGAACGAUACCGAACGUGUCGUCCACGCCGCCACCUUCUUGAAAGGGAAGGCCCUCGCUUGGUUCGAACCCCUCCAACAAGAAUGGCUGGACACCCCUAUCGAGAGAUACAGUCAAGAAGUGAAGGACAUCUUUUUCAGCUUCAGUGGAUAUGUUAAAGCCCUUCAAUCUCUCUUCUUAGACCCCGAUGAGAAAAGACAAGCAGAAAGAGAACUGGCGAGCCUACGACAAAACAAAUCAGCUACAAUGUACGCCGCAGAAUUUCGACGACUCGCAGCCAGACUCGACAUGACCGACGAAAGCAAAGUCUUCGCUUUCUACCAGGGUCUCAAGGACGACGUCAAGGACGAAAUGGCCAAAGUGGACACGCCACCUAGCUUCCUUGAUUAUGUCGAAUACGCCAUUAAGAUUGACAACCGACUGUUUGAACGACGCAAGGAAAAAGGAGAAAAACGUCAAACAGCCAACUCAGGAAAGAAAUACCAAUGGCAACCUCAACACAAGUUCAACAACAAAAACCAGAACAACAGGAACAACAAUCAGCAGAGCACCGCACAUGGACAACACAGUGGACCCAUGGACCUGAGCGUCGCGCAAAAAGACAAACCCAGACGCAGAGAAUUCAAAUGCUACAACUGCGACAAGCCAGGACACAUGGCCAGACACUGCAUACAGCCUAAGAAACUUACGGCAACCCCUAAGCAAGCCAACGCUGCAACCAAAAUCCCUAGCCACGAAGAAAAGGGAUGGACAGCCUGCUAUGACAAUGAUUGCACUACGCACAGGCAUGCAAAAGAGAAUAGUGGAUGGUACCCUCAAAACCCAGCAGGACGAUCGGGAUACGACACCACCAACAUACCCAAGGCCAUUGCUGUGAUAGACCGAUACACCGGUGGACCGGAUUACACUAAGCAGCGACAAGAGCCACUCGACGACUGGGAACAAGCGAAGAAGGCCGCGGAACUCAACAACGCCUUCCAAGAUGGUAGCAUUGUGUACCAACCGGGACUCUUAUGGGACAUCCCACGCCUCGCCAACUAUCGACAGACGAAUGAAGUAAACACCCCGGAAAGUCUCUCAGAAGAAGAAGCCAGGAAACUCGAAGAAGAAAACGAGACAGCCAUCAAACGGAUACAAGACGCCAUCAACUACACGAUGCAAAUUCGAAACAACAGCGAAGUUGGAGACACCCUCCAACACAUGCGGAAAACCCGAGACCGCCGCAUCGCACUACGCGGAAACACCCGAGGACAGUAUCAACUCAAGUACAAAGCAACCCAAUUUGUCUACCGACCCCAAAACGAUGGAAAGACGGAACGAACCCUCGCGGUAGCCAGCAAAUACGCCCGCAAAGCCACCGAGCAAUUGGAUGAAAUGCUGAGACAACAACAAUUCAGGGACGCCAGCACCCAGACCCGAAGCUCACCAUAUACCACGGUAGCCAGCGACUCGACCUUUGAAUUGCCACAAAGAACCCGCGCUACUCCUCAACCCAUCUCGGAAUGGGCUGAAGACGUCGUAGACAGACCACCCUCGGCGGAAGUACGUCCACAAGGAACGUCGAUAGACGAUACCGACCUGGAAGACGCAGAAGAAGAACACCAUCUCGACAGAAUGGAAAAAAUUAAGGAAGUACUAGAAUACAAAUACAUCGACCCCCAAGACGACUGCCAACAGAUCGCCUUCCAUGCAGAAGAAUAUCAUAACAAAAUCCCUACAACAAUCACACAAACCCGGGAUGAAGAAAUAUUCUUGGAAGACGAUCCCAGGAUUACGACACAGCACAGAGAACACAAGGAGAUAGCAUGGAUCUACUGCAUCUUCGAUCACUGCGCCUACCAUCUCUCAAAGAAAGCAGAAAACGAACUAUACCCCAAAAGAAAAGAAGAACUGCGAAUCCGCAGAGCCUAUGAGGAACAAGAACUCUCAUAUUAG